ACUCACAUUCAAAUAGGAGUUCACUUCAAAAUUCAUCCCUCUCUUCCUCUAUACAAAGUGAAGUCCUUAAUUGUAUCCCAUUUUAUACAAUGUUAUUCUUCUUGUAUUCUUUCUUAGUCUUAGCCCCUACUUUUAUUCUUUCAAUACCCGUGGUUCACCCUGACCCUGAAAUUGUUGUACAUGAAGUACAUAGGAAAAUCAAUGAAUCCAUUGCUAGGAGGAGCUUGAGCUACCUAUCUUGUGGAACAGGAAAUCCUAUUGAUGAUUGCUGGAGAUGCGACCCAAAUUGGCAUGAAAAUCGCCAACGACUGGCCGAUUGUGCAAUUGGGUUUGGAAAGAAUGCCAUUGGGGGCAAAAACGGGCGUAUUUACGUGGUCACUGACUCGAGUGAUAAUGACCCGGUUAAUCCUAAACCCGGAACCCUUAGAUAUGCUGUAGUUCAAGAUGAACCACUAUGGAUCAUAUUUGAAAGAGACAUGGUCAUCAAAUUAAAACAAGAAUUGAUCAUGAAUUCAUUCAAGACAAUUGAUGGUAGAGGAGCAAGUGUUCACAUUGCUGGUGGACCAUGCAUAACCAUACAAUAUGUGACUAACAUCAUCAUUCAUGGCAUCAAUAUACAUGAUUGUAAGCCAGGUGGGUAUGGUAUGGUGAGAAGCAAUCCACAUCAUUAUGGAUUAAGAAGGGGAUCGGACGGUGAUGGUGUAUCAUUAUUUGGAGCUAGUCAUGUAUGGGUAGAUCAUUGUUCAUUAUCAAAUUGUAGAGAUGGUUUGAUUGAUGCUAUCAUGGGUUCAACAGCCAUAACUAUUUCUAACAAUUACAUGACUCAUCAUGAUAAGGUCAUGUUAUUAGGUCAUAGUGAUUCAUAUACUGAUGAUAAAAAUAUGCAAGCUACCAUUGCUUUUAACCACUUUGGUGAAGGUCUUGUUCAAAGGAUGCCAAGAUGUAGACAUGGAUAUUUUCAUGUGGUGAAUAAUGACUACACCCAUUGGGAAAUGUAUGCCAUAGGUGGGAGUGCUAACCCUACUAUCAAUAGUCAAGGCAACAGAUUUUUGGCUCCUGAUAGAAGAUUCAGCAAAGAGGUGACUAAACAUGAGGAUGCCCCGGAAAGUGAAUGGAAGAAUUGGAAUUGGAGGUCAGAAGGAGACCUAAUGCUAAAUGGUGCAUAUUUUAGGGCAUCGGGUGCAGGUGCUUCAGCUAGCUAUGCAAGGGCAUCUAGCUUGGGUGCUAGACCAUCUACCCUUGUUUCCUCUAUUACUGCAUCUGCUGGUUCACUUAACUGUAAGAAGUCUUCUCGCUGCUGAAUGCUGAUUCCGGAUCGACUUUUUUGUUAACUGUCGCAACUGAGUUUGCGACAUUUAGUUCUUUUUAAAAGAAGCGUAGUGAACUUAAUUAAUAAAACAUAUAAAAUGAAUAAUUAAUUGGUAGGAAAUUUUAUAAUGUUUAGAGAGGGAUGAAGUUUAAAGUGUAAGGGAAGAAUCUGUUAUUGUCUCAUAUAUAAUGAAGAAAAAUUUUAUUUGA